GAAGUGGGAAGGGUGCCAGCAAGCGAAGGUGAAAGUGAAACAGUUCAGCUUGUUGUGUGCGAGUUCUUCUAAAGCAGCAGAUAAGGAAUCUGAACCUACAGAAAGAUAAAGAUGGCAACUGAGAGAGGUCGUUUCUCAUGGAAGGGCUUGUUUGGAGAAAAUAAAGAGCCCUGGGGUGCAUCUGCAUUAAGGACUAAGUCAAACUUAAAGUUUAAGCUGAUUUUAUCUGGAAAAACACUGAAUUCCCACAAGCACUUUAUAGAUCGUCUUAACCAACUAGUUCACCUGAAGGAGGUGAAUACAGAGGAUGAGUGUGAUUUCAUUUUGGGUUUCUGCACGAUUGUGUCACGAGCUGGAACUGACAUUGAAGCAGCAAAAAAACGUCUACACAAUUUUUCAGACACCAAACCUGUAGUCCUGGUGGUGCUCCAUCACACAUUUGAUACAGAGUGUGUUGUUCCAGACAGCAGCAAAUGUGUAAACAGAAAGAAUAUGAUUGCAGUCGACUGUCUGUUCUAUGAAGAUACAGGAUUACUGCAGUGUCUGAAGAAUAAUGAAUCACUGGACAAAACUUCACAAUAUCUGGAGAAAGAACAACAUAUAAAACUGAAAAAGCAAGAGCAAGAACAGAGAAAGAGUACAAGAGUCAAUGCAGAGAAAGAUGAAGAACUUAAUGAUACAAAUAUGAAACCAAAGAAGAUACUGAGUAAUGAGACACAGGAAGGAAAAAAUUCUCCACAUGAGAGAAAUCAACAGCUGAACAAAAUAGAAAUUGUUGAGGAAAUUGUGAAAAGAAAGGAAGAGGAUUUAGAGGAUUUAAAGGAUUUAAAGGAGAUGAUAAUCGUAUCAGAGAAACAGAAAACUGAUUUAGAGGAAAAAAACAGACAACUUUUGGGGCAGUUGAAACAACUGGAGAGUGUGGUGAAAAAAAUGGAAAUUAAACUCACAGAGGGAGACAAAGAGCUUCAGGAGAAAUACAGACUUCUGACAGAAAAUACACAAACACUUCAGAAGAUGGACAAGACACUGGAAGAGAAGGAGAAACAUCAGAAACAGACAAGAGCUGAACUGGACAAAACAAUUAAGUUGUUAGAAGACAGUCAGCGACACGUGGAGGAGAAAAACACACAAGUAGAGAAUCUGAACAAACUGCUGAAGGAGAAAGAAACACAGCUGAAGAACACAGAUAAAGAGCUGGAAACCAGUACAAAUAAACUGGACACACUGGGACAGGAGCUACAGGUCAAGCAGAGACAACUACAGGACAUGAUGAUUGUAGUGGAGCAACAGGAAGCUGAGUUAGCAGAAAAAAAACAACAGCUUCAGGAGAAAGACAGACUUCAGACAGAAGGUCCUAAUUUCAUGGAACUGAAGGGCACACAAUUAAAACAGGAGAAAAAAGAAGAAGAAGAAGAAAAAGAAGAAGAAGAUGCAAACACAGGGAAUGGAAACACAGGCUUGAAAAACAAUGAACAUCUAACCAAAGAAAAAGGCACCAUAUCUAAAGCUACAAAUACUGAAUUAGAGAAAAAUAGAUCUCCAUAUGAGGGACAGCAGCCGGUUCUGGAUUAUCCACAGAUACGGGAAUCACAAGCAGAAGUGGAGGAAAGAGAGAUUAAAACUGUGGAGGAUAAUAAAGAAUUAAUUGAGAAAAAUAAGAUGAGUCCAGGCAUCCAGCUGAAAGGGAAUGAAACUGUUCAAUAUGUACAUUCAAACAAAUUUGCUGAAGCAGAUCUUAUGUUAAUGGAAAAUAAAAAACAACUUAAGCAUGUUACUGAAAACCAACAUCCUGGCCCUAAGACACAGGAAGAGGAAAGUGAUGAACAACAUGAGGAGAAAAAAACAAAACAACCACGGAAGUAUAGGAGACAACGGUGAAGAAGAAAGAGAGUGAAAGACAAUGAAACAGGUUAAGAAACUGAAAAAGCCACAGAGCCGGUUUAAGAAAAAUACAUACUAUAAAAAGUAACUUAUUCAUACAAACAAAACAAGAUCAUCAGUUUAUUAGUCUUGCUUCCAUUUCUAUGUAACUACUGUAUGGUUCAUUAUUAAUAUUAUGCCUUAAGCUAGAUAAAUUAAGCUAGCUAAAUAUAUAAAUAUAUAUUAUGAAAAGUUCAACUCUGUGAAACCAAUAAAUGUUAGAUAUGUUGGAAAUUGUUGACAGGUGGAGAAAACACACUCAGUUUAAAGGGAUACAGGGUUUCUAACAGAAGAUCCAGAGCUAUUUUAAUUUCUAUUCAUGUGUUAAUCACCGCAUCAUGAAAAUGUUCUUGUUGCCUUAAAUCAUUAAAUAAAUUGAUCUAGAAAAUGUUUGGCGUUGUGUUUACGUCCGUUUAAAAGAUAACAGAAGUUCAUUCAAAUAUUCAAUUAAAUCCAUCCACGUGUACAUGAAAGAGGGCAAAACUGUGUGUCUUUUUCUUUGUCAGUUUUCUAUCAGUAUCAUUUACCUGCUCAGCACUCUGUAUUUACAUGUUCAUUUCAUAUCAUUGUCAUGUUCAGUUUAGAGUAAAAAAAACAUCUUGCAAUUCCUCCAUCUGUGCCUAAGUAAAAAAUAAAACGUGAUUUCUAACAUGAAUAUUCAAUUCGAUUUUUAUCUGGAGCUUUUAACAAGAGACAUCAUCACAAAGCAGCUUUAGAGGAAUAUAAAAAUAAGAAUAUAAGUUAUACAAAUUUAAAUUACUCCCUACUGAGCAAGCCAGAGGCAACAGCGCCAAGUAAAAGGUCACUGAGGUGAUAUGAGAAAAAACCUUGAGAAUAACCAGAUUUUAAAGGGAAACAUCUUCAUCUGGGUGACACUGGAUACUGAGAUUGUAAUAAUUCCUGUUCUAUAACCGUACAAUAUACAAUCAAGUGCAAUUAUUCUUUGGAGAAACUAAUUAUCAUGACCACCUGCUUAAUAUCUGAAGUUUUAUUAUGAAUUUCCUUCUGUUGAAAUUGUCAAAUGUUCGAUGAUGUGAGACUUAAGCGCAAACAAAUUUAAAACAGCAAUCCAAGCUUCAUGCUGGUACUAACCACUAACCACUCGUGCUAACAUCAUGGACCACCGAAGCGGAUCACACAAAACCACGAACAUGGUUAAAAGUCAGGUGACUGAGAUCACAGGAGUGUUGAUGGUUGCUGGGAUUUUGAGUCCGUGGCGGUGUUUGUUGUCAGCGCAAAGUGAGAGCCGGGGCUGUGAGCGCUGUGGAAAUAAUACAUCCGGUAAGGAUUUAUGUAUAAAAAAUGAUUAGUAAUGGUUUUCUGUCAUUAGACGAAAUUAUAUAUGUGGAGGAAGCUUCACAAAAAUUUCACAUAGGUGACUUUACAUCUGGUUCAGAUAAAUGCAAAAGGUUAAUAAAUUUAAGAAUCUAAGCGUUAAAGGAAUCUGUAGUUUUCAUUUCUUAAGGCAGCAAUGUGGGUGCAGGUUUUCAUUCCAACAAAGCAGAAGCCACACCAGAGUCUAUUAAAAGCCAAGAACAACUAAAUAAACAGGUAGAAUCAGGUGUGGCUUCUGCUCGGUUGGAAUGAAACCUGCACCUACACCGGCCCUUUGUGGACACCGCUGCCUUAAGGCAAGGCAGAACACGAGACACAAAUGAGAAUGAAAGUGAAAGGUACAGAUGUACUUGCAAAGCCUGAAGGACAGUUUUGUUUGAGGCACGCACUGUUUGACUAAUUGUGUGUGUGUGUGUGUGUGUGUAUGUCUUAUGUACAGUAUGUCACAAGUAAAAUGUGAAUUUGAAAGACAGACUUAAGACAGUAAAAAUUUAAAAAUACCCAGUGUCUGGAACAUAAAUCCUACAUUUUUUAAACAAGCUACUGAGGUUUGACGAUCCAAAGAA